UUUGAUUCUGUUUGUUAGCUGCAGCAUGGUUUUAGUCGCUAGCCAACCACCAAAAGAUCAUCAUGUUGGAAAUGCUGUUUAGCUCCGUGAUUUUGGCUUUGUGUCUGAGUCUGGUAACUUCGGCACCCACAGCUUCUGUUACUCGACUCGUGCCUUCUAUAAACGACAAUGGAGUUAUUAUAGUUCCAUCCGAUAAUAGUUAUUACCUAAGGAUCGAUGUAGAUGGAUCGGCGCGGGAGGAGACCGUUGAAGAGGUUGCUCCAGGGACACUUCAAGUUAGGGGCACGUAUGGACAGCCAUUUCCAGGAUCCAAGUAUCUCCUGGUCACCUAUGAGGCCGGACCCAACGGUUAUGUGGCCAAGUAUAGCCUGUCUGAAAUUCAAAUCCAGGUUCAGCAUCUACCACCCUCUGUGCUAAAAACUGCUGCCGGAUAAAGAACAUUUAAAAUAAAACUGUGAAAUGUUAGAGUCCGAAGUAUAAUUAUCAAAUACAAUAGAUAUUGCAUAAUAUAUCGUUAUAA